CGCUCGCCCGGCCCAUAACCCCAGCAAGAUUUUUGUUGUUCGCCGCCGCCGCCGCACUCUUCGCUGGCGCUCCACUCACUCGGCAGUUUUGUGCCUGAAUUUCGUUGUCGAGCCAUCGCCAAUUUCACGCGGACGGUCCUCGUACUCCUCGGUGGACCUGUUGAUUGUUGAUUUAUCGAGUUGUUGCCUGCUAGCCACACGCACUUUUGUCAAAUACUAUUUUUUCUCUAUGACGGCUUUAAAAGUGUUUUUUGUUCAAGUGUUUGAACAUUUUGGUGUUUACAGUGACCUAUUAGGAUAUUUAGUGGUGAUUUUUUAAUUGGGUUUUUGAGUCAACAAGAAGUUUUUCUUAUUAAAGGGUUGUUUCCAAGUUGGUAGCACGAUACGGCACGCGGGAAUCAUCGGCCUAUGGGCCUCGCCAGUGACGGCGAAAAAGGGGCCGGGGGGGCAGAAGGCCGGCGUACCCCCGGUCAUGAGGCACACUGGCCUUCAGAAGCUGGGCGGGCUCAUCAACAAUGCCGUGCACGCCACCAAGCGCACGCAAACGCAACCAAACAGCAUUAUCGCAAAUUGUCGGCGCCAUCUGUGGGAGUGGCCUCGUUUCACAACCACCUUGCGAGCGGCCGGUCGUGCGGAUUUCUGUCGCCCGGUGUGUGUUGAGUUCACAGAGGGGGAAUGGCGGAGGAGCGUGUGUUGCCGACCUGACGUCACAAAUUUCGGCUUAGAGAGAGCGAUUGUGUGGUGUGUGUGCAAAGAGCAGAGAGAAGCCCUCGUGCGGCGGCCAUUUUCAGUGUUUUUCGUUUGGCGAAAUUCGCACAUGAAGUAUCGUGCUGACGAGAUUAUUCCAUACAGCCCGCGGAUCAAACGUUCGCGUUAUUCGAAUUGCCCGCUCGCGAACCGUGUUAUGGCCGCCAAUGGGGACAUCCAGUGGUGUUUUUCCCAGGUGAAAGGCACACUCGACGAUGACGUCACCGAGGCGGACAUCAUCUCCUGCGUGGAGUUCAACCACGACGGCGAACUGCUGGCCACCGGCGACAAAGGGGGCCGCGUCGUCAUUUUCCAGAGGGACCCGGCGUCCAAAACGGCGCUGCCCCGCCGAGGCGAGUACAACGUCUACUCGACCUUCCAGUCGCACGAACCGGAAUUCGACUACCUGAAAAGUCUCGAGAUCGAGGAGAAGAUCAACAAAAUCCGGUGGUUGAAGAGGAGGAAUCAGGCGCACUUUUUGCUUAGCACCAACGAUAAGACUAUCAAAUUGUGGAAGGUUUCAGAGAGGGACAAGAAGGUCGAAGGUUACAAUACUCGGUCCGACAACGGCUCGCUGAUCGACCCGGCGAACGUGAGCGCGCUGCGCGUGCCCGUCAUCAAGCCGAUGGAGCUGAUGGUGGAGGCGUCGCCGCGGCGCAUCUUCGCAAACGCGCACACCUACCACAUCAACUCGAUAUCGGUGAACAGCGAUCAGGAGACGUACCUGUCGGCGGACGACCUGCGCAUCAACCUCUGGCACCUCGAGAUCACCGAUCAAAGUUUCAACAUCGUCGACAUCAAGCCCACCAACAUGGAGGAGCUCACAGAGGUGAUAACGGCUGCGGAAUUCCACCCGGUCGAGUGCAAUCUGUUCGUGUACAGCAGCAGCAAGGGCACGAUACGCCUGUGCGACAUGCGCGCCGCCGCGCUGUGCGACCGCCACUCGAAGCUGUUCGAGGAGCCGGAAGACCCCACCAAUCGCAGCUUCUUCAGCGAGAUCAUAUCGUCCAUCAGCGACGUCAAGCUGUCGAAUAACGGCCGCUACAUGAUUUCGAGAGACUACUUGUCGGUCAAAGUGUGGGACCUUCACAUGGAGACCAAACCCAUUGAGACUUAUCCGGUGCACGAGUACCUUAGGGCGAAGCUGUGCUCGCUGUACGAGAACGACUGCAUCUUCGACAAGUUCGAGUGCUGUUGGAACGGCAACGACACCGCCAUCAUGACCGGCUCGUACAACAACUUCUUCCGCAUGUUCGAUCGCACGACGAGGCGCGAGGUGACGCUCGAGGCGUCGCGCGACAUAGCCAAGCCGAAAACCGUGCUCAAGCCGCGCAAAGUGUGCUCGCAGGGCAAGCGGAAAAAGGACGAGAUCAGUGUGGACUGUUUAGAUUUUAACAAGAAGAUCCUGCACACGGCGUGGCAUCCCACGGAGAACAUCAUCGCCGUCGCGGCCACCAACAACCUCUUUUUGUUCCAAGAUAAGUUCUAGCCCCACUCCCAACCCUACCAACAUCUUUCAAUAUAAACACCAGAAAAAACGAAAACAUAUUUUCUUUUUUUCUCUUGUUUAGUAUGCAACCCUAAAAACGACGUUUUUAACAGAUUUUUCAAUAUAAACAACCGAAAAACCAAAAAUAUCCACGCCAUCAACAUCAAUCAUUGAUUUUUUUAAUACAGCUUCAAAAAAAAACCGUUGUUACAUCGUAUUUGAUGAAACGUCGAUAAGUUUAGUUUUAACGUUGUUUAUAUUAUAUUAUAAACCAAGACCUUCAACCGGGUGUUCCCCGCGUUGUCGGGGCGCCACCUGCUGUUCCAUAGCGAAACCUUUCACUCCUACUCUCGCGAGAACGUUCAUUUUCCACGUUUAUUAUUAUUAAUAUUAUUAUUGUUUAUUUUUUUGUACAUGUGGAAUUCUUCCAUUAAAUACAGUUUUGAUGUUAUUGUCCUUCAUCGUUUUUUUAGCUUUAUAUACGAAAAAAGGUGUGUAACAAAACUUUCUCACAUAAAAUCUCAAAUUGUUAUAUUAUAUUGUUGUGAUAAUCAAGAAAUAAAAGUAAUUUUUACAACUGCUUUCGUUAUUUUAUUUUUUACAUUUUUCUGCCGAUUUUUUUGAAUCUACAAGCAAUGGUAUUUUAUGUGAAAAAGAUGUGCAGAUUAAGCCCAUUGUUUUUGUAAACCAAUGUGAUAUAAGUACUUGUGAGUGGUAUUGUAAAAAACAAGAAGUGAAAUAAAAUCUUUUUUGGUUUAAUUUACUCAGUAUUGAACAAUUUGACAAUUUAUUGUAUUUUAAUCAAUUUACUUUAAGCAUAUCCAAUUUCUUAAAAAUAUGGUUCAGUCCCUGGCCCACCUCACAAGUUUUCUUUAAUUUUGAAGAAUGUGUAAUACAGUCUAUAUAUUCUCACAAAAAUGCAUUUUUGAACUACAAAAUUUAAUGAAAAUUAAAAACGACUUUUGAGGAUAUAAAACAUUUUGUAAUCAAAGUUUAUUCUCAAAAAUAUGUUUUAUAGGCGUUUUUGUAAAAGAAUCUUAAAAUUAAAGAAAAUGCGUGUCUAAUAAAUUGGCCAGGGACUGUAUGUAUUCUGUCAUUUAAAACAUGUUUGUUGAAUCCGAACUGUUUUUAAAAAUGCAUUAAUUUUAUAGAUAAAAAGUGUGAAAUUAUUUGCAAUAUAGCUUCAGUUUUUUAACAAUUAUUAGUGAAAUUUAAUUUUGUAAGAAUACAGGGUGUUCCUUUGAAGCUUAGCACCCCAUCCCAAAACUGUUUAGCUAGUAAAUAAUGUACAAAUUGUAAAUAAGUAUAUACAGAAUUAAUUUUUUACCAAUAACAACAGUUUUUUGAAAAUUUGGUUGUAAAUAAUGAAACAAUAUGCAUUAAGUAAAUACCUAGUUUCCUUUGGUAUGAAAAAAAUUGUUUCAAAUGGCAAAAUGUUACGAUUUUGUUAUUUUACUACAAAAAAAACUAAGCUUUUCGAAUGACAUAAGCAAAGCAAAAUGAAUGCCUUUCAGUGCCAUGUAUUUGUAAAGUUAAUAAUAUUAAUCUCUCCAAUCAAUAAAAAAAACUUGAAACACCAAUUUUCCCUAUUUUUUUUAUUUAUUAAACACUUUCUGACAAAAACGCAAUUUCGUCCCAAAGUGUUUUUGUGUGUAAUUUUAUCCUAGUUGAUUAGAGAGAAAUGAAACAGCAAUCAAAAAAUAAUAUUUUCGGGCUUUGGCUUUAAGGUUCUAUAAAAACGAUAUACAUACAGUAAUAAUUUUAGAUUAAGCGUAUAAAUUAUAAUUUAGUUUGUAAGUUUGGUUAAUAAUAGACACCAAAUAAAUUAUUUUAAGUUAUAAAACCUACAGUGUAAUUUUAAUAUUGUUAGUCAAAUUGUGUACAUUCCUGGUUAUAUUCUAAAUUGCUGUAAUAAAUAUUUAAAAAGUAUGCCUUUGGUGUACGUUUUCAAUUAUCAAUACAUUUUUUU